CCGAUCCCCGUCAGCGUCGGGGGGGCAUUCCCGUCUUUUCGCUGCCUGCAACGACCGGACGGCGGAAGACAGCCCCUUCGUCCCACGCCACUCCCCACUUGUGGCCAAGACGAAAUCGCCCUUCCCAUUCUCGGAAAGGGACACGCCGACCCAUUCCCGACCUCUCGUGAUGGCGCUUCUCUCCUCGCCCCCGCGCCACUGAACCGAACUCCUCCCCCCUCGAUUCUCAUGGCCGGCACGAGCUCCUCCGUCGCGCCGCGCGCGUUCGGGCCCGGGGCCGCCGGGCUCUCCCGGCGGGCCCGGGUCUGUUCCGCGGCUCCGCUUUCCGUCCGGGCCCCGACGCGGAUCCGCGGGAUCGCCACCUGCAAGCAGGGCGAGCUCGGCCUCGCCGCCGAGGCUCCGUCCUGCAUAUUCGUCGGCCCCAUCGAGACGGCCAGUCAGGAGACUCUCGAAGCUCUCUAUUGUCAGGCACGAGAUGCGUACUACAGCGGCAAACCUCUCAUAGUCGAUGACAUGUUUGAUAGAGUGGAGCUAAAACUCCGGCGGUACGGUUCCGAUACAGUUGUGAAGUAUCCUCGCUGCAGUCUCAGGCGGCAAUCGGUGUAUGCAGAUGCAGAGGAAGAUUUGUCUCAGGCCUUUGCCCUUGCCAGCAUAUGGAUUCUGUUUCUGGCAUUUGGAGGCUCAGCAUUUAUCGUGCCAGUAGUUUACACUGUCAGCCUGGCUUAUCAAGAUGCAUUUCAUUCGGGGAUUUACAGCACCCAUGCCUCUGCUCUAGGAUUUCUCUCUGCUGUUAAUGGCUUUCUUCUCAUGGCAAUGGGAUCACUUGUCGGAUAUCCAAUUGUUUCAGCUUCUGUUGGGGUACUUCAGGGCUUGUGGAGGAAAGACUUGGCAGCUUUGAAAGGGGCUUGUCCAAAUUGUGGAGAAGAGGUUUUUGCAUUCGUGAAGUCAAACCAAUCAAAUAGCUCAGCUCAUAGAGCUGAUUGUCACGUUUGUGAAUGCACAUUAGAGUUCCGCACCAAGAUUGAGCAACCUGCCUCGAGCUUAGGCAGACGAUGGAUUUAUGGUCGUGUAUACCUUGUUUCUCGGAGAGGCAGGACCCGGCGCCAAGUAUGGAUCUGAAAUGUUUUCCAAGGCAUAUGCGAACUGUCAUUGCUUUUGCGAACUGUCAUUGCUUUUUGUACAGCGCUGGAAUUUCUUCAUUUAUGUCCAGGUUGGCAGGGUUUGUCGAAAUUGGCUUACCAAGCAAUUGUUAGUUGCGGUAUGAAAUACCCAGUUUCUGAUACUGUAGAAUAGUUACGCUGUAGCCGCCCCUUAUAGGACAAUCAGGGAAAUAAUGUCGGAACGAGGCUCAAUCUUUCCUUCGUAUUAGUGUUCUGGUCCCUGGAACAUCAAAAUUUUGAAGCACUGGUAUGAAGAGUUGAAUUAAUUUCGCUUUA